CCCAGCAGCUUUGUUUACGCAGGCAAUGUUGAAACCGCUUACUGGGCUCUGCCCAGCUGCUGUGUAAACGUCCCAGUGGCUUUGUUUAUACAGGCAAUGUUGAAACCCCUUAGGGAGCCUCAGUAAUGGUGGUCGCCCCUCCUCCCACCAAGCUCUAACUUCUCAGGUUGAGCUCAGACUGUUGUGCUUGUUGUGAGAAUUUUAAGUCAGUGGAUUUUAGUUUGCCGGUCUCAGUCCCCUUUUUCAGGGGAAUGGGUGGUUCUAUCUCACUGGCAUUCCAGUUGCCCCUUGACUAAAACUGCCACCCAGUUUUGUGCUGGAAACCCAGGUGCUGGCGUUGUAGGCGCCAGAUGGAGUCUCCUGGUCUGUGGGUUGUGUAAACCAUGGGAAAAUUUAGUAUCUGAACCAGUGUCCAGAAAAGUCCGGGCUGUUCCCACUGCCUAACCAGUCCCAAUGAGAUGAACCUGGUAGCUCUAUUGGAAAUGUGGAGAUCACUCAUCUUCUGGUGCGCUCUUGCUGGGAACUGCAGACUGGAGCUGUUCCUAUUCAGCUGUUUUAGCUUUUUAUUGGGGCAUGACAAUUGUUUCUUUUAAGGCAUUGCUAAAUUUUUUGUCUAAAUGAAAGAAAAGAAACAAAUUGAAAAUUCCACAUUACACACUGAGCUGGUGAUCUCAACAUGCUCAUGGGUUUCUUCUAAUGAUUGUACUGUUUUGGGGCAUUGCUUUCUCAAUUUCCUUUUUGUCUUUUUUACCUCAUCUCUCGGAAUAAAUCAAAGGAAACCCCAGUCUUUCAAAAAGACUUCUUCUUUUGAGUUAACUUUCUUAUAUUGGGAACCUUCUAAUCUCACUAGAAUAUGUAACAUUGGUGUUCACUGUCAAGUAUUUCUGAAUAUAUUCCUCUAUUCACAGGAGUAUACUCUGGGGAAAAAAUAGAGCAAGUCCUUGCCCUCCUGACCAUUGAACAACAAGAGACUAAUUAUACAAUGGGGCUAGAAAAACCCCAAAGUAAACUCCUAAUGGAAGGAGGCAUGUAUUUCCAGCUGAUUCCUUGGGUUGUUGCUAUAGUUUGCAUCUUACUUCUCGGUUCCUGUUUCAUUGCCAGUUGUUUGGUGACUCAUCACAACUUUUCACGCUGUAAGAGAAGCACAGGAGUGAACAAGUUAGAGCACCAUGCAAAGCUCACUUGCAUCAAAGAGAAAUCAGAACUGAAAAGUGCUGAAGGGAGCACCUGGAACUGUUGUCCUGUUGGCUGGAGAGCCUUCCAGUCCAGCUGCUAUUUUCCUCUUACUGACAACAAGACGUGGGCUGAGAGUGAAAGGAACUGUUCAGGGAUGAGUGCCCAUCUGAUGACCAUCAGCACGGAAGCUGAGCAGGUGUGUUGGGAGGAUCACAUCAGUUUCUCUGCUGGUUUGAAUCUCUUUGUGGAAAAAGAGGAAUUUCUCUGCUUGCAAUGCCUCUGUCUGUUUUCAUCUGCUCCAUCUGCCUGGAAAGCCCUUUCUUCCUCUUCAAUUUUUUGUCUUAUGGCCAACUUCUUUUGGCCUUUCUAUAUUAGAUUCAUAUGUUAUCUGCUCCGGAAAGCUACCCUAACUACCUUCUGCAUUCUACCCCUCCCUUUUCUAAGUAGGCAGUACUUCUGUGGGACUUUGUGCACAAUGAGAUCAUGGCAUUUACUCCACUCCACUACAACUGUGUUUACUGCUCCAUCUCUUUCGGUGACUCCUCCUACGUGGAGAGCUGGGACCAUGCUCUACGCACCUUUGCAUUUCCAACGUCCUGUGCAGUGUGAAGCACACUGGAUAGGUCUUGAUAAGUGUUUGGUUAGUAGGUGAAUAAAUGAAUGGCUAAUCAGGACUGAACUAGCUUCUUAGGAUAAAGUAUAGGAAAAAUAGUUCAAAUAUAUGGAUCUAACAAUAAGUAAUGAAAUAUUAGGGUAAAUUCUUUAAAGGCUGAAAUUUAUUUCCUCAUAUAAUAUGUUUCCGCUUAUGUACCAUGACUCAGAUCCUAACUUUUUCUUGAUGAAUAGUUCCUCAAGGAGUUUGUCUCCAUAGCUUUACAAUCCAUAGGUUCAGUGAUUCUGAAUAAAGUGGAAUUUAAUGAAAUAUGCACACCAUUAAAGAAGGUGAUAUUAAAAACAAAACCUCCUUAAAAUUCUAAUCCUAUUAAGCAUUGUGCUAAAAGGGUUGUAAGUAUGACCUCACUUAAUCUUCAUAGUAACUCUGUGAAGUAUUUGGAGUUGUCCCUUCUGAAGAUGAAAGCACUGGGGAUUUGGUGAGACUGAAGCACUAAAAUUACAAGCAGGAUUUGAAAACAGAUCUACCUGAUGCCAGAGCUUUUGUGCUUAACCAGUAAACUAGUUGACAUCUUUCCUCUUUUUCCAACAUAAUAGCCAUCACCAGACUCAUGCAAAUAUAUUAAAAUUUCUGUUUUUUAUGCAGAACUUUACUAUUCAAUUUUUGGAUAGACGGUUUUCCUAUUUCCUUGGACUUAGAAAUGAGAACGCUGAAGGACAGUGGCGCUGGGUGGACCAGAUGCCAUUUAACCCACGCAUAGUGUGAGUAAAUCGAGUGGGUCUAAGGGGAUUUAUGAGCAAAGGUUAGAAGAUGGUAGCAAGAAACAUCCAUUUUGAAGUGGAAUACAUUGAUAUAAAAAUGUCAGGAGAGAGCACUGUAGAUUGAGUCAUCUCCAUAUGCUAUGUCCCAGUUCCAGAAUGGUUCUGUGAUUUCCAUGAAAUUAUCAGUAUUCUUAUUUAUACAAUGUCAAUAAUGAAAGAAUGAAUAGCGUGGAAGUGAUAUAAAAAUUGUUUUAGGUGUGACAUUUAAAUAAACAAUAUAAGCAAUAAAGAUUGUCUUUGAAUUAGAAUUAAAACCUUCUCAGUUUUUUUUUUCUUGAAGCCAAUAUUGUUUAGUAAAAAUAUAAUGCAAAACCACAUGUGCAAUUUAAAAUUUUUUGGUAGCCAUAUUGAGAAAGUAAAAAGAAGCAAGUGAAAUGUAUUUUAUUAAUGUAUUAAUGAUGUAUGUAACCCAGUAUAUCCAAAUCUUACCAUUUCAACAUGUGAUCAAUAUAAAAUUAUUACUGAGAUGUUUGACAUUCUUCAUUGGUACUAACUCUUCAAAAUACAGUGUGUACUUAAGACUUAAAGCACAUUUCAAUUCAGAGAAGCAACAUUUCAAGUGCUCAGUAGCUACAAGUGUCUAGUGACUAUAGUAUUAGUGCAGGUCUAAACUGUUCACUAGGGACAUUUCUCUGACUUGUCUCCUAAUAUAUCUAUAUCUAAUCUACAUCUAUAAUCUACAUUAUCUAUAUAUACCUAUAUAUCUCUAUGUAUGUUGUUUUUC